GCUCCCAAGAUGGCGUCCAUCAUGGAGGGGCCGCUGAGUAAAUGGACCAACGUGAUGAAAGGCUGGCAGUACCGCUGGUUCGUGCUGGACUACAACGCGGGGUUACUCUCCUACUACACGUCCAAGGACAAAAUGAUGAGAGGUUCCCGAAGAGGCUGUGUUAGACUCAGAGGAGCUGUGAUUGGUAUAGACGAUGAGGACGACAGCACCUUCACAAUAACUGUUGAUCAGAAAACCUUCCAUUUCCAGGCUCGUGAUGCUGAUGAGAGAGAGAAGUGGAUUCAGGCCUUAGAAGAGACUAUCCUCCGGCAUACACUUCAGCUCCAGAUCAGUACCACACUUGCUUUUUUCCAGUCUUCUGGUAUCUCUCCAGUUCUUGAAUUUUCAAAAAUAAUUGGUGUAGAUUCUGGAUUUGUUCCCAGCGUUCAGGACUUUGAUAAGAAACUGACAGAGGCUGAUGCGUAUUUGCAAAUUUUGAUCGAUCAGCUGAAGCUGUUUGAUAACAAGCUUCAAAACUGCAAAGAUGAUGAACAGAGAAAGAAAAUUGAGACUCUCAAAGAGACCACAAAUAACAUGGUAGAAUCAAUUAAACACUGCAUUGUGUUGCUGCAGAUUGCUAAAGACCAAAGUAAUGAGGACAAGCACGCAUAUGGAUUGAUAAGUACCAUCAACCCUGUAGAUGCAAUAUAUCAACCUAAUCCCUUGGAACCAGUGAUCAGCACAAUGCCUACCCAGACUGUCUUACCCACAGAGUCUGCUCCGUUGUGUAAAUCAGAGCCACGUCCAUCCUCCCUACCUGUUGGACCUGGAGUCACUUCUUUGGGACAUCCUCAGACCCCAACACCCAACAGCACAGGAAGUGGGCAUUCAGCACCUAGUAGCAGUCUGACAUCUCCAAGCCAUGUCAACUUGUCUCCAAACACAGUCCCAGAGUUUUCGUAUUCUAGCAGCGAAGAUGAAUUCUAUGAUGCCGAUGAAUUCCAUCAAAGCAGCUCGUCCCCAAAGCGCUUCAUAGACUCCUCAGGAUCAGCCUCAGUCUUGACCCACAGCAGUUCAGGGAACAGCUUAAAACGCCCUGAUACCACAGACUCCCUCAUUUCCUCCAUCUCCAAUGGGAUGAGUGACGCUGACCUGUUUGACUCGCAUGAUGACCGAGACGACGAUGGAGAGGCCGGUUCUGUGGAAGAGCAUAAGAGUGUCAUCAUGCACCUCUUAUCCCAAGUUAGGCUAGGAAUGGAUCUUACCAAGGUGGUUCUCCCAACAUUUAUUCUCGAAAGAAGAUCACUUUUAGAGAUGUACGCUGACUUUUUUGCACAUCCAGAUUUGUUUGUGAGCAUCAGCGACCAGAAGGACCCGAAGGACCGAAUGGUGCAAGUCGUCAGGUGGUACCUUUCUGCCUUCCAUGCGGGAAGGAAAGGGUCUGUGGCCAAAAAGCCAUACAACCCCAUUCUGGGGGAGAUCUUCCAGUGCCACUGGACGCUGCCCAUGGAGAAUGAAGAAAAUGCGGAGCCGAUGUCUGAAGGCCCUGUGCCCUGGGGCUCCAAAAACUGCGUCACCUUUGUGGCAGAGCAGGUCUCCCAUCACCCGCCCAUUUCAGCUUUUUAUGCCGAGUGCUUUAGUAAGAGGAUCCAGUUCAAUGCGCACAUAUGGACCAAGUCCAAAUUCUUGGGGAUGUCCAUCGGCGUUCACAACAUAGGACAAGGUUGUGUCUCUUGUCUUGAUUAUGAUGAGCAUUAUAUUCUCACCUUCCCCAAUGGUUAUGGAAGGUCUAUUCUCACGGUGCCCUGGGUAGAGCUGGGAGGAGAAUGCAGUAUUAACUGCUCCAAGACGGGGUACAGCGCCAACAUCAUCUUCCACACAAAGCCUUUCUAUGGGGGCAAGAAGCACCGAAUCACAGCUGAAAUUUUCCCUCCAAAUGACAAGAAGUCCUUUUGCUCAGUUGAAGGGGAGUGGAACGGUGUCAUGUAUGCGAAAUAUGCAACAGGGGAGAAUACAGUCUUCAUUGAUACCAAGAAGAUGCCUAUCAUUAAGAAGAAAGUGAGAAAGCUGGAAGACCAGAAUGAGUACGAGUCACGCUGCCUCUGGAAGGAUGUCACUUACAACUUGAAAAUCAGAGACAUUGAUGCAGCCACAGAAGCAAAGCACAGGCUGGAAGAGAGGCAGAGAGCUGAAGCUCGAGAAAGGAAGGAGAAAGACAUCCAGUGGGAAACCAGGUUAUUCCAUGAAGAUGGAGAGUGUUGGGUCUAUGAUGAGCCUUUACUGAAGCGACUCGGGGCCAGCAAACAUUGACCUUCAGAGAAGUGACGGCAUCUGUACUGCCUGCUCGGCCACGGCCCUAAGCGGCAGAGGGCGCGUUGGGGGCCUCCCUUCUCUUUGCAGUGGUUCCUAUCUCAGGGUUACUGGACUUACUGAUGCAGGUGAACAAUUAAAGCAGGACGAGUCUCCUUUCCUCUGGGUGGCAGUCGCUAGAGUUUGGCUUCAGUUUUAAGAAUCCAUUCAAGCUUUGAAAACAUUUCUAAACUCUGGGCUCAAGCUGUGCGCACACUUUCUCUCUAGUGCCACUGCCAAGGUACAGAACACGUCCCACAUACUCUUCUCUUGGGUUCUAUCUCUAUAUAAAUACAUACAUAUAUAUACACACACAUCUAUAAAUAUAUAUAAAUAUACAUAAUGGAAGAAGUCUUAACUAUUCUUUACAUCUGUAAAUAGAGAUUCCUUUGGAUGGAUGGUUUAUUAGAAAAUUAUUUAGCAAACUAUAAAAUCAAAUGUUUUAGCAUUUUGUUAUCUCAUUGAAAAUAAUGUCUGUAUUUUUAUUUUUAAAUUUAACUAUAACCCUUGGGCUUUAAUUCCACUAUGGGCAGCAUCUUAAGGCUUCAUAAAAUACUUUUCCAGA